GUUUCCCCCGCCUCCCUUUUUCCCUUCUAUUUCGUUCAAAGCUCGCAUCUUGCUUUCCUUUCGCGUUCGAUAUUGCUAGGGUUUCAAUCGCGUGAUGGGGAGAGAGCAGCAGCAGGUCUCCUACACGGUGGAGCAACUUGUCAGUGUGAAUCCAUACAACCCCGAUAUCCUCACUGAUCUCGAGAACUACGUCAACGAGCAGGUUUCAUCUCAAACAUAUAGUUUGGAUGCAAACCUUUGCCUUCUUCGACUCUAUCAGUUUGAGCCAGGUCGAAUGAGUAUUCCAAUUGUGGUUCAGAUUUUGAUCAAGGCUCUUAUGGCGAUGCCAGCCUCAGACUUUAGCCUUUGUCUCUUCUUGAUUCCUGAGCAAGUGCAAAUGGAAGAGAAGUUCAAGACAUUGAUUGUUCUCUCUCACUAUCUAGAAACGGCGAGAUUUCGUCAAUUUUGGGAUGAAGCAGCAAAGAGCCGCAGCAUACUUGAAGUUGUUCCUGGUUUUGAACAAGCUAUCCAAGCUUAUGCAAUUCAUGUUCUCUCCUUGACUUACCAGAAAGUGCCAAGGCCUGUACUUGCCGAGGCCAUCAACAUCGAAGGUCUUUCCCUAGACAAGUUUAUCGAACAUCAUGUGGCCAACAGUGGCUGGGUCCUCGAGAAGAGUCAUGGCCGCUCACAGUUGAUUGUCCUUCCUCGCAACGAGUUCAACCACCCGGAGCUGAAGAAGCACACGGCAGAAGGCGUGCCAUUUGAGCAUGUUACCCGAAUCUUCCCCAUGCUUAGCUGAAUUUGUUCUUGAGACCACAUCGUGGCAUUACUCUUGAAGUACUGGAAUCCUGUCAUUGGAGGGUUUGCCUACAUUAGUUAUGAUUCCUUGGUGGCCUUAAUUAAACUUGUAACAGAACCGAUCUGUUUCAUUUUCUUUUACGGCUAAAGCUAUUUAUUUUGACCAUAAUUUGUAAGUAUACAGGUUUCUUUGAGAUGCUUUUUGAAAUACUUUGCCCCAGCUCAUUGAUUAUUUGAUU